UUGAAUUUUGUCCCUGUUUUUGUGUCGGCAGUUGGAAAAAUAUUUUCUGGUAUUUUAAAAAUUAAUGUGUUGCAUUUAGUUAAAUAAAACUCCACGUGUAUAACUUCACCCUCUUCCCUUUCGUGGAGGAAGAGGGAUUUUCCUAAAUACCGGUUUGAGGAACAUCGCGCAGACAUGUAUAUUAAGCAGGUCAUUAUCCAGGGUUUUCGAAGUUACCGGGAUCAAACGGUCGUAGAUCCGUUCAGUCCGAAACACAAUGUUAUUGUUGGCAGAAAUGGAUCAGGAAAAAGUAAUUUUUUCUAUGCCAUUCAGUUUGUGCUCAGCGAUGAGUUCAGCCACCUUCGGCCAGAGCAGAGACUCGCCUUGCUCCAUGAAGGAACUGGUCCCCGUGUCAUCUCAGCUUUUGUGGAAAUUAUAUUUGACAAUUCUGACAACAGGUUGCCGAUUGACAAGGAAGAAGUGUCCUUGCGCCGUGUGAUUGGAGCUAAAAAAGACCAGUACUUCUUGGAUAAGAAAAUGGUGACGAAAAAUGACGUAAUGAAUCUCCUGGAAAGUGCUGGCUUUUCCCGCAGUAAUCCGUAUUAUAUUGUGAAGCAAGGAAAGAUCAACCAAAUGGCUACGGCCCCUGACUCUCAGCGUCUGAAGUUGCUGAGGGAAGUUGCAGGGACCCGGGUGUAUGACGAACGCAAAGAGGAGAGCAUCUCCCUCAUGAAGGAAACAGAGGGGAAGCGGGAGAAAAUCAAUGAACUUCUGAAGUAUAUCGAGGAACGCCUGCACACCUUGGAGGAUGAGAAGGAGGAGCUGGCUCAGUACCAGAAGUGGGACAAGAUGAGAAGGGCACUGGAGUACACCAUCUACAAUCAAGAGCUGAAUGAGACGCGUGCCAAGCUGGAUGAGCUGUCCACUAAGCGAGAGACCUGUGGGGACAAAUCAAGGCAGCUGCGUGAUGCCCAGCAGGAUGCCAGGGAUAAAGUGGAGGAAACGGAGCGUGUUGUCCGGGAGCUGAAGUCUAAGAUCUCGGCCAUGAAGGAAGAAAAGGAGCAGCUGAGUGCCGAGAGGCAGGAGCAGAUCAAGCAGCGGACCAAGCUGGAGCUGAAGGCCAAGGACCUGCAGGAUGAGCUGGCAGGGAACAGCGAACAGAGGAAACGGCUGCUGAAGGAAAGGCAGAAACUUCUGGAAAAAAUAGAAGAGAAACAGAAGGAGCUGCAAGAGACUGAGCCGAAGUUUAAUACCGUGAAGGAGCGAGAAGAAAGAGGCAUUGCAAGAUUGGCCCAGGCUACACAGGAGAGGACAGACUUGUAUGCCAAACAGGGACGUGGCAGCCAGUUCACCUCCAAGGAAGAACGAGACAAGUGGAUCAAGAAGGAGCUCAAAUCUCUGGACCAGGCUAUCAACGACAAGAAACGGCAGAUUGCUGCCAUCCACAAAGACCUCGAAGACACAGAGGCUAACAAAGAGAGGAACCUUGAACAGUACAGUAAACUGGAUCAAGAUUUGAAUGAGGUGAAGACUCGAGUUGAGGAACUGGACAAGAAGUAUUAUGAAGUGAAGAAUAAAAAGGAUGAGCUUCAGAGUGAGAGAAACUACUUGUGGAGGGAGGAGAAUGCGGAGCAGCAGGCACUGGCAGCAAAGCGGGAGGACUUGGAGAAGAAACAGCAACUCCUGCGGGCAGCCACCGGAAAGGCCAUUUUGAAUGGCAUUGACAGCAUAAACAAAGUGUUGGAGCACUUUCGAAGGAAGGGAAUUAACCAGCAUGUCAUCAAUGGCUACCAUGGAAUUGUCAUGAACAAUUUUGAGUGUGAACCAGCUUUUUACACCUGUGUGGAGGUGACUGCAGGGACCAGGUUGUUUUACCACAUUGUGGAGACUGAUGAGGUCAGCACGAAAAUCUUGAUGGAGUUUAAUAAGAUGAACCUUCCAGGGGAGGUUACCUUCCUGCCACUCAACAAAUUAGAUGUUCGAGACACAGCCUACCCAGAGACAAACGAUGCCAUCCCGAUGAUCAGCAAACUGCGGUACAAUCCGAAAUUUGAUAAGGCUUUCAAGCAUGUUUUUGGAAAGACUCUCAUCUGUCGUAGCAUGGAGGUCUCAACUCAGCUGGCCAGGGCUUUCACUAUGGAUUGCAUCACUUUAGAAGGUGACCAGGUGAGUCACCGGGGUGCCCUCACAGGCGGCUACUACGACACCAGGAAGUCUCGUUUGGAGCUCCAGAAGGACAUGAGAAAGGCCGAAGAGGAGCUGGGUGAGCUGGAGGCCAAGCUGAAUGAAAAUCUGCGCAGGAACAUUGAACGUAUCAAUAACGAGAUUGAUCAGCUAAUGAAUCAAAUGCAGCAGAUUGAGACACAGCAGAGGAAAUUCAAGGCCUCUCGUGACAGCAUUCUGUCAGAGAUGAAGAUGCUGAAAGAAAAGAGACAACAGUCGGAGAAAACAUUCAUGCCGAAGCAACGGAGCUUACAAAGCCUGGAGGCCAGCUUACAUGCCAUGGAGUCAACGCGCGAGUCUCUUAAGGCUGAGCUGGGCACAGAUCUUCUGUCUCAGCUCAGUCUGGAGGACCAGCGGCGAGUGGAUGACCUCAAUGAUGAAAUCCGUCAGCUGCAGCAGGACAACAGGCAGUUACUAAAUGAAAGAAUCAAGCUGGAGGGGAUAAUGACCCGAGUGGAGACGUACCUCAAUGAAAACCUGCGGAAACGUUUGGACCAAGUUGAGCAGGAGCUGAACGAGCUCAGGGAGACAGAGGGAGGCACUGUGCUCACAGCAACAACAUCUGAACUUGAUGGAAUCAACAAGCGCAUAAAGGAUACCAUGGCUCGCUCAGAAGACUUGGAUUCCCUCAUUGACAAGACAGAAAUUGAGAUCAAGGAACACCUGAAGAGCAUGGAGCGCUGGAAAAACAUUGAGAAGGAGCAAAACGAUGCUAUCAACCAUGACACCAAGGAGCUGGAGAAGAUGACCAACCGACAGGGCAUGUUGCUUAAGAAGAAGGAGGAGUGUAUGAAAAAGAUCCGGGAGUUAGGCUCACUCCCGCAAGAGGCCUUUGAGAAGUACCAGACCCUCACGCUCAAGCAGCUGUUCCGCAAGCUUGAGCAGUGCAACACAGAACUGAAGAAGUACAGCCAUGUAAACAAGAAAGCCCUGGAUCAGUUCGUCAACUUCUCUGAACAGAAGGAGAAGCUGAUCAAGAGGCAAGAUGAGCUGGAUAGGGGCUAUAAGUCCAUAAUGGAGUUGAUGAAUGUUCUGGAGCUCCGGAAGUAUGAGGCCAUACAGCUGACUUUUAAACAGGUGUCCAAGAACUUUAGCGAGGUGUUUCAGAAGCUCGUCCCUGGGGGCAAGGCCACGCUGGUGAUGAAGAAAGGAGAUGCUGAAGGGAACCAGUCGCAGGAUGAGGGAGAGGGUGGAGCAGACAGUGAGAGGGGCUCAGGGUCUCAGAGCAGUGUGCCUUCUGUUGACCAGUUCACAGGAGUAGGAAUUAGGGUGUCCUUUACUGGGAAGCAGGGUGAGAUGAGGGAGAUGCAACAGCUGUCUGGGGGACAGAAAUCCCUAGUGGCACUGGCCCUCAUCUUCGCCAUUCAGAAGUGCGACCCCGCACCCUUCUACCUGUUUGAUGAGAUUGACCAGGCUCUGGAUGCUCAGCACAGGAAAGCAGUAUCUGAUAUGAUUGUGGAACUUGCUGGACAUGCGCAGUUCAUCACGACGACUUUCAGACCUGAGCUUCUGGAGUCUGCCGACAAGUUUUAUGGAGUCAAGUUCCGAAACAAGGUGAGCCACAUCGAUGUGAUAUCAGCAGAGCAGGCUAAGGACUUUGUGGAGGAUGACACUACUCACGGAUAACCUUCCUGCUCUUCUCUUGGUCUGUCUCUUUCAAGCUCGAUUGGCUGUUAUUUUUCUUGUGCCCCAGUGCUCCCUAUUUCCAGUAAUUUUUGUUGCUUUCAUAUUGAGUUGAUAAAAUGGGAAUAAAUAUGAGUUUUAAUGAAACUAACUUGAGAGGUUUGACACGUAAUUGGCUCUGGUGAGGAGUGGUGUAAAAUGUAGUCAUGUGUCAAAGAAAACCACCCAGAGGUAUCUUUACUUAUUUGCUCCUGGCUAUAAUGUUGUGCUUGUUGUUUAUUGUUGAAAUCAUUUUGUAAUCACUCUUUUAGAAUGUUCAACUGUUGCCUUUUCGAUAUUGCUGCAUGUGUUGUACAGAUUUUUGACAGAAAGACAGUAGCUUGUUGUUCGUAUAUCGUUUGCAGAUUUGAAAGCACUAACAUCUGCUUAAGUUUUUUCUCAAAGAAAUAAGACUUUUGGCACAAAAAGGCAUAUUUGGAAUAAAGGGCUCCAUUUAGACCGAAGCUGAGCCGUUAAAAAUGCAGCUGAACAGUUAACAAAGUCCUCCACAGAGGCAUUUUGAAGCAAUUUGGUUUUUGUGUUUUCUUUUGAACAGCAAACUCCAUUUCACCUGUGGCAGAGCGGCCCUUGCCUUGUCUGACCAGUUUUCUGUUCUGUGAAUUUUUUCCUUUUGCAGAUGGUUCUCUUAUUCCUAUUUGCUUUUAACUGUCUUUCUUACCUUCGCUGUUUUAGACAUUAAAAAUAUAUGUAACUAGUCAAAAGUGCACACCUAACUGUAUCUUC